GCUUCCGGUUUCUCUCCAGUCAAUCGGCCCAGCAGCCCGGUUCCGGCCCUGCGGGGUAUCGGUUCCGGGUUCGUUGCCCCGGUUCCCGGCCCCGGCCGGUCUCCCGGGCCGGCCCGGCCGCGCACAGCACCCGUUGGGUGUCGGGACUCCCCAGCCCCACCCCAACGGCCCCCUCGCCCUCCGCCGGCCCGGCCCACCUCGCCCCCGGCCCGCGCCGUCCUCGCCGCCCCAUGGAGUCCCAGUGUGACUACUCCAUGUACUUCCCGGCCGUGCCGCUGCCGCCGCGUGCGGAGCUGGCGGGGGACCCGGGCCGGUACCGGGCGCUGCCCCGGCGCAACCAUCUCUACUUGGGGGAGACUGUCCGCUUCCUGCUGGUGCUGCGCUGCCGGGGAGGCGCAGGGUCCGGCGCCGGGGGUGGCGCGGGCUUGGGCUCUCGAGGGGCCUGGGCAGAACUGGCAACGGCCUUGGCCGCCCUGGCCUCGGUCAGCGCCGGAGGCGGGGCGCCCGGGGGCGGUGGCACCGGAGACCAGGAUCCCGAACCCCCAGGGGGCGGGGAUCCCGGCGGUGGGCCGUUGUUUCGAGGCUGCAGCCCCCUCCUCACCCACGGCCCGGGUCCUGCUACCUCAGGGGGAGCGACCACGCUGCCUGUGGAGGAACCAAUUGUGUCCACAGAUGAGGUCAUCUUCCCACUCACCGUUUCACUGGAUAGACUGCCCCCCGGGACACCUAAGGCCAAGAUUGUAGUGACUGUGUGGAAACGGGAGGUUGAGGCACCAGAGGUCAGAGAUCAAGGCUACUUGCGCUUGUUGCAGACCCGAUCUCCUGGGGAGACGUUCCGGGGCGAGCAGAGCGCUUUCAAGGCCCAAGUGAGCACCCUGCUGACUCUGCUGCCCCCUCCGGUUCUGAAAUGCCGCCAGUUCACUGUGGCUGGAAAACACUUGACCGUGCUCAAGGUGCUGAACAGCUCCUCCCAGGAGGAAAUUUCCAUCUGGGAUAUCCGGAUUCUCCCAAACUUCAACGCUAGUUAUCUACCUGUCAUGCCUGAUGGCUCUGUGCUGCUGGUGGAUAAUGUCUGUCACCAAUCUGGGGAAGUCUCCAUGGGCUCCUUCUGCCGGCUCCCUGGUACCUCUGGCUGCUUCCCCUGCCCGCUUAGUGCCCUGGAGGAACACAACUUCCUGUUUCAGCUGAGAGGGGGAGAGCAACCCCCUCAAGGGGCCAAGGAGGGCCUAGAAGUUCCCCUGAUUGCUGUGGUUCAGUGGUCCACCCCAAAGCUGCCCUUCACCCAGAGCAUCUACACCCACUACCGCCUGCCCAGCAUCCGCCUGGACCGCCCAUGCUUUGUGAUGACUGCUUCUUGUGAGUCCCCCGUUCGAACUUAUGAGCGGUUCACUGUCACCUACACACUGCUCAACAAUCUCCAAGACUUCCUUGCUGUGAGGCUUGUGUGGACCCCGGAGCAUGCACAGGCUGGAAAGCAGCUGUGUGAGGAGGAGCGCCGAGCCAUGCAGGCAGCCCUGGACUCCAUUGUCUGCCACACGCCCCUCAACAAUCUAGGCUUUUCCCGGAAGGGCAGUGCGCUCACCUUCAGUGUGGCCUUCCAGGCUCUGAGGACAGGGCUCUUUGAGCUGAGCCAGCACAUGAAACUGAAGCUGCAGUUCACCGCCAGUGUGUCCCACCCUCCGCCCGAGGCCCGGCCCCUGUCUCGAAAGAGCAGCCCCAGCAGCCCUGCUGUCCGGGACCUGGUAGAGAGACACCAGGCUAGCUUAGGCCGCUCUCAGUCCUUUUCUCACCAACAGCCCUCCCGGAGCCACCUCAUGAGGUCAGGCAGCGUGAUGGAGCGCAGGGCCAUCACACCUCCUGUGGCCUCCCCCGUGGGCCGCCCCCUCUACCUGCCUCCGGACAAGGCUGUGCUUUCUCUGGACAAGAUUGCCAAGCGCGAGUGCAAGGUCCUGGUGGUGGAGCCUGUCAAGUAGCACCCUGCCGGCUCUCCUCCCUCUUACGCUCCCAGAAACCGAAAGCUCCCUGGAGGGGGCCCUUGCUCCAGACUGUGCCUCCCCUGGGAUGCCUCCCACCAUGGAUGAGGAGGCCCAAGAGGGCCGCCUGUCUGUGUCUGCUGAUGAGGGACAGGGAAGAAGCUGUGAAAUGGGCGGGUAUGGCUGCAGCACUAAGCCAACAGUAUUUCCCCGGCUCCCUGGGGGGGGCUGGCCCCACCCCAAGGCCAGGGGCAAGGGCUCCGAGAGCUCCCUUGCCCCCCUCCCGCCCAGUACCCUGGUUCUAAGUUUACAAAGUGUAUUCCUUGUUCCUAUUAAGUUGUCUCUCCUGACUCUGACACCCUCCCUCCCACCCACCUGCAGGGCUGAGAUUAGAGGGUGGUGAUGGCAAAGGGACCCUGACAGUGGCCCUCCUGUCUCAGGGGUGAGGGGGGAUAGCCAGGUGGCCUCCUCCUGCCCCUCAUGUUUACGUUUGUGGCCUGAAGCACUUUAAGUUGUGUGGGGGUUUUUUCUUUCUUUGUUUCUUUUUUUUUUUUUUUUUAAUCUCUCUGUUCCUGUAACUUAUUCUCCAACUACUGCUUCCAACUGAAAUAAGACUAUUAAAUGCCUGUUCAGGAGGGAGAAGAAUGACCUGCAUUUGUGUGUUGGUGGCAGGAGCAGAGAUCCCAGGGGCUCAGAAUGGUUCCCUUCAGUAGGCACACAAAUAGCUCCCUUCCUAUCGUACUAUUCUCCGACUGCCAGUUUUAUAUGCCCAGGUGCCUUGCCGCCCCCCCACCCCACCCCGUGUCAACACACGACUGUCUCCCUAGAAGAUGGAAGACUGACUCAGGGUGUAACCUCCCUCACCCCCCAUCGUACACACAUCCCUAGGCCUGGGAGCAUCAAACUCAUGUUUAUUAGGAGGGAGGGAGGGAAGAGGGAGAUCCCCUUGCUCUCACUCUCCUUGACACAGUGCAAAGUCCCCAAGCCUCUGCCCUUCCAGGUAGGGGUGGGGCAGUGGGUGAGCAGAAAGCCUUAGUUCUAGCAGCAAGCAAAGAAAAAGGUGGAGGAGGUUUGCGUCUUCCUCAUCACAGAGGCUCAUGGACCCAAUCCACCUCUGCCCCUUGCCCUCUGGCAGGCUCAGACGUCAACAGGCUCCCGGCCUCGGUUCUGCCUCUUCACCACAAAUACCCUCUGUCCUGACACGGUCACCAGCAGCGUGUGUUCUCCAAAGACCACUGGAGAGGAGACACACCUUCCCCCACCCGGGGGAGGGAAGGGAGAACAGAGUUAGUGGGGUACAAUGGCCUCUACAGGGUCACGCAAACCGGUAGGAUCAAAAGCCAAAGGCAUGUGAUAGUUCAAGGCUCAGAGAUUUGAAGAUAGGAGGGCUCCAUUAAAUCCCCUUCCUUCUCUUGGUUUCUCCUGAUUGCAGGAGUAAAUCCCAAGUGGAAGAAAGUGGCCAGAACCAGGGAUCUCAGAGAGAGAUGGUGAGAGAUUGGCAGGAGACAAAUUUUUUUUUCCC